AUGGAGCUUAGCUUGGGUCUGGCGACCCGUCGCCCGUCGACCCGUCGCCCGUCGCCCGUCGCCCCGUCGCCCGUCGCCCGUCGCCCCGUCGCCCGUCGACCCGUCACCCGUCGACCCGUCGCCCGUCGACCCGUCGCCCGUCGCCCCGUCGACCCGUCGACCCGUCGCCCGUCGCCCGUCGACCCGUCGCCCCGUCGACCCGUCGCCCGUCGCCCCGUCGCCCGUCGCCCCGUCGACCCGUCGACCCGUCGCCCGUCGCCCGUCGACCCGUCGCCCGUCGCCCCGUCGCCCGUCGCCCCGUCGCCCGUCGACCCGUCGCCCGUCGCCCCGUCGCCCGUCGACCCGUCGCCCGUCGCCCGUCGCCCCGUCGCCCGUCGACCCAUCGCCCGUCGACCCAUCGCCCGUCGCCCCGUCGACCCGUCGACCCGUCGCCCCGUCACCCGUCGCCCCGUCGCCCGUCGCCCCGUCGCCCGUCUUAAACAGAAACACAAGUGUUGUUUAACCAGAACAAUUGUUCGGGGGUUUUUCUGUACAUUCCUCGAGCCGUUUGUCUGCUGA